AUGAUUGAUUGUCUUUUUCAGAUUACAGCAAAAGCAUCUGUCAUCUUUGUUACGCUUCAGUAUAAUGUUACCAUUCCUGCCACAGAAGAACAAUCUGCAGAAGCAAUCUCUCUCUAUCAUUAUGGCAUCAAGGAUUUGGCUACAAUCUUCUUCUACAUGCUUGUAGCAAUAAUCAUACAUGCUAUUAUUCAGGAGUAUGUCCUGGAUAAAAUCAACAGGAAAAUGCACUUUUCAAAAACGAAGCAUAGCAAGUUCAAUGAAUCCGGGCAACUUAGCGCCUUCUACCUUUUCUCCUGUGUUUGGGGCACAAGUAUUCUUGUCUCUGAAAACUAUAUAUCAGAUCCUACCUCUCUGUGGAGGGACUACCCGCACACUCUGAUUCCAUUUCAAAUGAAGUUUUUCUACAUCUCACAGUUGGCGUACUGGUUUCAUGCUUUUCCAGAAUUGUACUUCCAGAAAACCAAAAAAGAGGAUAUAUUUCGUCAGAUUGUCUACAUUGGACUUUAUCUCUUUCAUAUUGCUGGAGCCUAUCUUCUAAAUCUGACCCAUCUUGGACUUGUUCUGCUGGUAUUGCAUUAUUUCGUUGAAUUUCUUUUCCACAUAUCCCGACUUUUCUACUUCAGUGAUGAAAGAUAUCAGAAAGGGUUUUCACUGUGGGCAGUUCUUUUUGUUUUGGGAAGGCUUCUCACCUUGAUUCUUUCUGUCCUCACUUUUGGUUUUGGAUUGGCAAGAGCAGAAGAUCAGCAACUGAAUUUCAGUACUGGAAACUUCAAUAUCCUGGCUGUUAGAAUCAGUGUGCUGGCGUCCAUCUGCAUGGCUCAAGCGUUUAUGAUGUGGAAGUUCAUCAAUUUCCAGCUUCGGAGGUGGAGAGAACAUUCUUCUUCUCAGCCUCAGUCAGUGAAAAAGAAGUUUGUAACAGCUAAAGGAAAGACAUCCAGAAGAGAAAGAGAAAACGGAAUAAAUGGAACAGUGACCUCAAAUGGAGCAGACUCGCCUCGUAGCAGGAAGGAAAAGUCCUCGUAAAACUGGGUUUUAUUAAGUUAAUUGACUAAUGUCCCCAAAGAAUCUGCUUUUUACAUGGAAGGCCCUUCAGCACUAGAGAUGUUACAGAUUAAAGAAAAUACAAUUCAUGUUUUUUGAUUAUUGCUAUUGUUUGUGAAACUUUUUUUAAAAGCCAUUUUGACUAAGAAGGGUUUAUCUGUCUUCAAAUACUUGGGGAGGGGGGUACAACAGUUUUUAAAUAACAUUGACACUUUUUUAGACCUUUAUUGUGAUGAAAUAACUUCACUUAAUGAGGAUCACUGAUGCAAUGUAUUACUUCUUUCCAUCUUUUGUAGUCUUGGUGAUAUGUACUGUUCUACCAACAUCACUUUUUCCAAGAAGUGUUGCAAGAUCGAAGUAAAACCAGUAUAGGUAUCAUAGCUUUUCAGUAUAUUACCUUGAUUCAAAUUUACAGUUCAAAUUGGAUUUCUAAGACCACACCAAAAAAA